CUCGCCCGCCUGCCCUUCCGUGUAACCCGCACUCAUACAAACCAACUGCCAGUUUAUGUCGACUACAAAAAUGGCGGCUCCCAGAUUCUCACCAUAAUUCGACGGGUCCAAGGAGACGCGUCUGCUCUCCAGCGCACACUUGCUCAGCAACUCCACUGCCAGGCUUUUGUCCGCACCCCCACAAACCACGUCAUCCUCAAAGGCAAACACACCCACAAGACAAAACGCAUCCUCGAACAGUUGGGGUUCUAGCGGGGGCCGAACACACACCGCCAACACAAAACACCACCACCCAUCCCACCAAACCCCACACUGCCCCCGUUCUCGUCGGGUUCAUCCCACUUACGGGCACACACACCGCACGCCCGUCUGGUCUCUUCCUUAACAUGGACAGCAGCAACACAAACGGCAGGGGAAUUCCUGCGGCCGAGUUUUAUGAAUUUAAAGAGCUUAGCUUGGAGGAGGCCGAGAAGCAGCUGACCCGGUUCCAAGAGUUCAUUGCUAAAUAUAGAUUCAUGGAAACGAGCAUCGUCCGCCGUGUCGCAGGCCUCGAUGAAAAACUUCCGGAAAUUGAAAAGACUCUACAGACGGUAACGUUCUUGGAAGCUGAACAGGAUGAAAACUUGGACGUACUCUACGAGCUGGACGACACGCUGUACGCCAACGCUCAGGUUACUGCUUCCAACACGGUGUGCUUGUGGCUCGGAGCAAACGUGAUGCUUGAAUAUCCCGUCGCAGAGGCCAAAACACUUCUUACUUCAAAACUAGAGGCGGCCAAGGAAACUCUCAAGACAUGCAAGGAGGACCUUGAGUUCCUCAGAGCUCAGAUUACAACCAUGGAGGUCAACACUGCCCGCGUUUACAAUCACACCGUAGAAUUGAAACGGAGACAAAAGUAGUUUGUACGGAUUCAUGUUCGUGCAGACGCAUGCGAAUGCAUGUGCCCGCACACGUAUGCCUGGACUCGUCUUUUUAAUAAAUAAAAAAUAUAAAUGACAGACCGUCAGCACCUUUCGUGUGUAUGUGUAUACUGCGUGCUCCAUUAUGGGGGUUUAAUUACGCUUUUGCGGCAGUCAUUUUAGCAGAUUCAACGGUGAUGGGUGGUUGUGUGGAAGGAU